GUAUUAUCUAAUAUAUAUUUAAUUAUGUACGGUUAAUUGAAAAUGUCGUUUUUUUAUUUGAAUGCCGUAAAGGGCGACAUUCCAGUGCAUUUAUUAGAGACUGUAGUUAUGAAGAGGUUAGAAUAUUUAGAAUCGAUUGUUAAAAGCGAAGCUAACGCUUACAACGAAUACGUCGUCGAAGGUAGCGUGUACGACGUGGUCGGGCACUACACGCUGUGUAUCGUCGCCAUAUUAGAGGGCAGGGAAGAGUUCAAACAGUAUAUCAUCAGAGGGGAAGAUAUGCUGUUUAUGCGCAGACUUAAAGCUCUGUCGGCGUACGACUUGAGAUGUUUUGCCAAAAAACUAUUGCGAAUUAUAAGGAAACUAUGUUCAGAACUACACUGCCUUAAACCGCUUAGGGCUCUGUGUCGACAUCUCAUGUUGAGGGACAUGGCGCACCACGUAUCUUCCAUCUGUGCUGAAAACUGCUCAGUACACACUUUAUCCGUUAGUUUCAAACACUGCCUCGCCUUUGUCGCUAAGAGACAAGUCGUGUUAGAGAAUGGUGUAGCUCAUAUACCCUGCAGUAAAUGGAAAGACUAUCUUUUAAAUCUGUUUCAUUGCAAUUUGAAAAAUAGACUGUAUAAGAUUGAUAUAAGUGGCUUAAGGCAUGAUCCUAGGGUUACAGAUUUGCUCAGGAAAGUAGGGAAAGAAAUUGCUCCUUUAAAUCGUUUCAAUAUUACUGUGUUACGCAGCUUAGAUGUUGAUGUGGCUUCAAAAAUGUUUCCUCCUUGCAUGCUCCACUUGCAUCAACACUUGAGGAACACACACAGACUAACUCACGACCAGAGGUUCUAUUACAGUCUAUUUCUCAAAGACCUUGGAAUGCCAGUGGAGGAAGCCAUAAUGUUUUGGAGGGAAGAGUAUCAGAAACCUCCAAAUGGGAAAUCUGCAUGUUGCCACAAUUGGGCAAAAGAUGAAAAGAAGUUUGUCUAUGGUAUUAGACAUAUGUAUGGUUUGGAAGGUGGAAGGAAAGAGUACAGUUGCAGAAACUGCCAUCAAAUACAAAAUUGUGAUACUGUUUAUUCAGAAGGAGGGUGUCCCUUCAAAUCUUUUGACGAUAAUAAAAUGGAAGAAAUCCUAAAUAUAUCAAAGACUGACCCAGUACUGUCACAGAUCAAUGAACUCAGAGCUCAAAGAAAAUAUACAUCAGCUUGUGUGACUUUACUACAAAAUAGGAAUGCUAAUAAACCACAAAGUGUGAAAGGUGAUGGGAUGAACUUUAAUUUUACACCUCUUAAAUAUUAUUUAGUUUUAACAAAUUCUUUAACUAGUAGUUGACAUAGAUGUUAUUUAUUGUUACUUAAUAUUAAACUUGUUUGAGUUUAAAA